AAAGGAAAUAAUCUAGUCGAUGAAGAAACUCUUUCAUAUUACGAAAAGGCUUGGACAGAAUUCCGUUUUGCAUCCAGAAUUCAGGAAGGGGUUUGUAAUUACUUGAAUAGACAUUGGGUUAAACGAGAAUGUGAAGAGGGACGAAAGAAUGUUUAUGUCGUUUAUACACUUGCACUGAUAACAUGGCGCGAACAUUUACUAAAACCUCACGCUAGGGUUUUAAUCAGCGCAAUUCUUCGUGAGAUCGAACGUGAACGACGUGGAGAAAUUUUAUCUACCUUACGACUAAGAAAGAUUAUUGAGUGCCUGGUUGAGUUGGGUAUUACGUCUGACCAACAGUCUUUCUCAACAUCUACGUUAACUGGAACUGCUUCAUCACCUAGUGAACCCUUGCCAUAUCUAAUGAAACCUUUUAAAUCUCCUAAUUUUCCCCCUAAACCUAGUGGUUCUACUUUAAAACCAAAUAAGUCUGAAGUGGAAUCCAGCUUGCAGGGCACAUCAAAUAAAACCACCCCAAAUUUCCGAGGUCCACUUCAUUCCGGAGAUCCAGUGGAUGAAUCGACUCCCAAUACUCCUAGUGCGACAUCAUCAUUGACAUCGGACACGCGAACCAAUCUAUCAGUUUAUCAGGAAUACUUUGAACGACCAUUUUUGACUGAAACUGAACGGUAUUACCGAUUAGAAAGUGCUCAGUUUUUGCAGUCAAACACAGUACCCGAAUACCUUCAAAAAGUGGAAACACGAUUAAAUGAAGAACGUAUUCGUGUUCAAACUUAUCUGCAUAUAAGUACACUUCCCAAAUUAAUUAGAUCUUGUGAACAUUAUCUAAUUGGUGAACAUAUAGAUCGGUUAACAUCUGUCUUCUCAGAUCUUUUCAAUGAAGAUAGAGAGGAAGAUAUAUGGCGAAUGUAUCGCUUAGUUGGUCAUUUUCCUAGUGGAAUACGUGUUCUUGUCUCUGUCAUGGAAGAUCAUGUUGCUGAUAAAGGAUGGGAAGCUAUCCGUCAAGUGGCUGAAGCUGCUUUAAAUGAUCCCAAAUUGUAUAUUGAUACAAUAUUAAAAGUUCAUCAAAAACAUUAUAAUCUUGUAUUAUCCGCCUUCGCUUGGGAUCCUGCAUUUUCACGUGCCUUAGAUAAAGGGUGUGAACGUUUUAUAAAUCGUAAUGCUGUCACUGAAUUAGCUGGAAAUCAAAGAAAAUCCCCUGAACUUUUAGCUAAAUAUGCAGAUUUCUUAUUAAAGAAAAGUGCGAAAGAUAUUCAGUUGGAUGAUUUAGAAGAAACACUUGGACAAGUAAUGAAUGUGUUCCGCUAUAUUGAAGAUAAAGAUGUCUUUCAAAAAUUCUAUAGUAAAACACUGGCUCGCCGUUUAGUUUACAAUCAAUCUGUAUCCGAGGAUGCUGAAGCUUCUAUGAUUUCUAAAUUAAAAGAAGCUUGCGGUUUUGAAUACACCGCGAAAUUACAACGGAUGUUUCAAGAUGUUAAUGCUACUAGAGAAUUGAAUGCGAAAUUUUCAGAUUAUUUACAAAAACAAGAAGAAGCCAAUGGAAGCACAAUUAAAGGAACUGAUUUUAAUAUCAUGAUUCUUAGUUCAAACGCAUGGCCAUUUCAAGCUCAAGGACCUUUUUCUAUUCCUCCUGAAUUGGAACAAUGUCACAAUACAUUUCUUGCUUUUUAUCAAGAACAUCAUACUGGUCGUAAAUUGACAUGGUGUUAUCAUUUAUCACGUGGUGAAGUUGUGACUAACUAUACUAAGACUAGAUAUAUAUUUCAAGUUUCAACGUACCAGAUGUCUGUUUUAAUGUUGUAUAAUUCAUCAUUAGUGUACACGGUGUCAGCUAUUCAACUACAAACUGGUAUUGAAGAAGCUACAUUAUUACAAAUUCUACAGAUUUUACUUAAAGCUAAAGUAUUGAAAAUUGUAUCCGAUCCAAAAUGUGAAAUAGAUCAAUCAACUGUAAUCAGUGAUGAUUCGAACGAAUCAAAUUUAUCACCGGAUACACACUUGGCGCUAUAUACAGAUUAUAAAAAUAAACGCGUUCGAGUUUAUUUAAAUGUUCCUUUGAAAAGUGAAACGAAACAAGAAAUUGAACAGACUUUAGGGAAUGUGGAAUCUGAUCGAAAAUUAAUUGUUCAGGCUUGUAUAGUACGUAUUAUGAAGACUAGAAAAGUAAUGAAACACCAUCAGUUGAUCUCGGAAGUUGUUACACAAUUAACACCUCGAUUUAAACCCACUGUAUUAUUAAUUAAACGAUGUAUUACCGCUCUCAUUGAAAGAGAAUAUAUUAAGCGAGAUAACAAUGAACGAGAUGCUUAUGAAUAUUUGGCUUAA